GGCCCCAGCUGAUAGCAAGUGGUUUGAGAUCCGGGGCUCAAGGGUGCUUCCACAUUGCAGAGAGACCGCUGUGAAGGCUGCAAGGCGCUGUGGAGGCCACACUUGUGGAAGCUGCACAAUUCUAAAGUCUUAAGCUGAAUUUGUGUAACAGAGCUUGGGCUGAGCCCUGAGGGCUAGAUUCCGAGCUGUGUUACAGCAGUGUAGAUCUGGACUAUAUCCAUUGACUUCAGUGGAGUUAUUUCAGUUUACACAAGAGAGAUCAGAAUCAGAGCCUAAAAGUGGGACGGAGGAGAACUGAACUGCCUUGGAGCUGGUGCACUGGGGCUGAGCGCUGGGAUAAUUACACUGAUACUACGAGCUGGGGAAGCUGAAUGCAGAGACAAUUGCUCUGGAGCAAAUGCCCGAGGCUAGCGAAAAAACGCAAACAAUGGCCCCCAGGAACAGAGGGAAAGGAAAGAAAGGAGGGAAACAGAAGAAAAAGAAGAAUGUGGCAGAAAAUGAAGUGGAGGAGAAAUACAGGAAAGCAGCCCUGGAGGUGGACAUCCUGAAAGAGCACCUGGCCCUCCGGAGGGACGUGGCCAGGCAGGCGAAGGCUGACAGCGAAGGACUCAAGCAGAGGCUGCUGGAGCUGGAGCGGGAGCUGGAGAUGUCGCGGGACGACAAGAAAGACAUUUACGAAGAGAUGAUCCGACAGUACCAGGAGCUCCAGCGGCAGACAGAGACCCGCAUACAGCAACUGGAGACCGAGACAAAGCAGCUCCAGGAGCAGCUCGCAACUUGCCGUGAGGAUAUCCAGCAGGCCCAGGCGGAGAGAGAGCAGGUGCUGGGGGAGAAGGACCAGACCAUCGCCGAGCUGCAGGGCAAAAUCAAUGCUAUGGAGACAGAGUAUGAAAAGAUCCUGCACGGCAGCCUGGACCGAGUCCUUUCCAAGCUGGCAGCCGCCCAGGGCUGCUGGGAGAAGGAAGCCACAACCUUGCACAUGGAGCAGAAGGAGAGACUGCGAGAGUUUGGGCUCAAUCCCCUGGAGAUCUAGGGCCCUGGUUUACACUGGGGCAAGGGGCCAUGUAGAUGCCCCCUCAUGGCCAACCACUAACCUCUCAGCAGUGGCAGCAGGGAUGUUUUGCUUGACAGGGCCAACAGGUAUUCUCCUAAUUGGGGGAGGAGGGGGCAAAGGGGGACUUAGCGCUAGGGGAAGGAGCUGAAUCAACAGCCCUGGAGACUGGUGUCCUCUGACCCCAGUGCAGCUCUCUCGACAGCAGACCCAGCUCAGCUUGGCCUGGGUCCCCGCAGCUAGCAGGGAGAGAACAAUUCAGUCUCCAGGCCCCCUUUGGUCCUUGGCUUCUCUGCUGAGACCAGCCCUUCCCGCUCCCCCCAACCUCCUGCCCCUUCCCCGAGAGUCCCAUCAGGUUCACUGCUUCUCAGAUCAGCUUAGGUAAUUUUUUAAAAGUUGUUUUAAUUGUGUAAAAUGAGAAGAAAAGGAGGAAGUGGGAGCCAGCUCCGGUGCAGCAGGGGGAUGGACGGCAGCUGCUGGGCUGGGGCUUGCAGAAGGAAAGGCCGGGGGUGGGGGGAGGGGGGAAGGCUAUGCACAGCACAACAACACAAGGAGCCAGACCCUCAAUGAGCAGCACAGCUAAUUGGGAACUUACACAAUGGAGGUCAGACCCCACGCCAAGGGAG